CUAGUACACUAGCGUACUCCGUACUGUAUAAAUUUGGCCAGCUCCGGCAGGCAAAGGCGGUGUGAACCAGCAGCCUAGUCCGGGCCAAAAAUUUACGGGGGUAUUCGUCAGUGGUCCCGUUCACACGCCGGCGCGCGAUACGCAACGUCCACACACCCGCCCAGUCGUCCCGUCUCGAGCUCGCCGGCUCCUCAAGAUCUCAACAUGGUGGGCGUCAUUCGCCGUCUGAACCAGCUGACAGCACAGCUCGUCAGGUUAAGAAAUGGGCCCGGGGCGGCAGUGCUACCCAAAGAUGUGACGCGGAUACACAUGGAGUUUGCCCACAAGAUCAACGGGGGCCACAUGGGACCCAGGAAAUUCUUUCGCGAGGCGCUGCCACGGCUGAAGUACUGGAAUCCGGCCGUGCCCAUGGUGGUCAACCGCUCUCAUAACCAGGAAGGCCCCGCCACGUUGACGCUCUACUUCCGCGAACCAGGCGCGACGCUACCUGCAGACCUCCCACAACCCAGCUCGUCGACACAAGGGCUCGCCAAAGCGCCCCCGCCCGUAGAGGGUGAGCGCGCCCUCACGAUCGACAUGAAGAACCGACGGUCCGAGGCCAUCCUUAAGGAGUUCAUGGAGAAGAGCGGCGCCGUGCCGGUUAAGAUGUCGCCGGAGGACGAGGCCACCAUGCGUGAGGUUGAGGAGCGGGAGGCAAGGGGCGCCAUUGACCGGGAGCGGAUCCGGAAGCAGAACGAGGCGAUCAAGAGAGAGAAGCAGAUGAUUGCGCAGGCACAGUCCGAGGCAGCCGCCAUCAGGGCAUCGGUGUAAAGAGGCUAGCCCUGCUGGUAUGGACACCCUGGGUUGGGAACAGAGGAGUUUUGCUUGUAUAUCAUUGUACAUUACCCCCUGACUCGCGGUUAUGGAUUUGUAUGACUUUUCUUUUUGCGCAUGGCCCUCGAUUGCCAGCAAUUGAGGUGGGAAUUCUGUUCGUGGUUCUCCCAAAGGGGGAGGCAGCUCCAGCAUUCCUGAACACCUUGGAAAUUAAAAGCACGAAGCCUUAAGCAUUGGACAUGCACCACCGUCCAAGUACGCCGUACAGCGCCAUCGUGAAUUCUUUCGCUGAACCAGGCGAUACUUGUUGUGUCGGUC